CGGAGAUAAAAUCGCCGUUCUCCUUCUCCAUCGUCUCACCUUGAAGCAACAUUGGGAGCGAGGACGGCUAUUAUCCCGACCUCUUGGCCCUAUUUUUUUUAACCGAUUUUAAGCUGCGUCAAGAGUCCCUCUUUCUUAUAUGGACCUCGAUCCACGGCUGCGACCCGGCGAUGGAGAGCAGCUUGGCUCCUCCAAUGCGACCAGGGUCGUGAGCAAUGCGUCGUCUGCCGCAGACCAGCAGCUCCAGGCGAGUGCAGCUGCUGUGCGCCGUGACAGCGGUCGAGAUAACGCCGACACGCCGUCGACUGUCGGCAGCACGCCGGGGCAGCAUCACCAAUUCGACUACGCAGAUGCCGGGCCAGCAGGCGGCGGAGGCGGCGGCGGUUCAGUGGCGGCCGGAGGCUCCGCCGGCGCCGGUGAGGCUGAUGGAAACGGCGAUUCGAAGAAGUCGAGAGCGUGUGAAGCCUGUCGAGGGCUAAAGGUGCGGUGCGAGCCCGAUCCCAUCGAGGGCGAGCCGUGCAAGCGGUGCAGAAAGGCCGGGAGGAACUGCGUCGUAACGGCCCCGACCAGGAAACGACAGAAGAAGACAGACAGCCGCGUGUCCGAGCUGGAGAAGAAGAUCGAUGCCUUGACUGCGAGCUUGCAUGCGAGGGCGGGCGUGCCAGGCAUGCCCGCCGUUGGGCAGCACCAUCAUCAGCAUCAGCAUCAAGUUGAACCUGCCGGUGGCGGGUAUUCUUCAAGCUGGGGCAGUGCAGGAACGGCGGGAACAGGAGGAGCUGGGGCUGGAGCUGGAGUAGCGAGGCCAUGGGGAGGCAUGGCGGCAUCGCCAAUGAUGCAAACGGCAUCAACUCCACCAACACGAACCCCGCAGGACGAUUCAUCAGCGUUCCAGCCGCCGAUUGUCAUGGCUGGGCAGAAGAGAAAGGCCACUGAUCGAGACAGCGUCAGCGAGGAUCCCAAAGCAUCCACGACGCCAUCAGUGAGCUGGUCAGGCUUCUCUAGACCUACGGAGGGUGAUAUCGUCGACCGCGGUCUCAUUACGAUGGAACAAGCCGCGGGGCUGUUCAACAAGUACAAGGAACACAUGGUGAGACACCUGCCGGCUGUUGUGUUCCCCCAUAGUGCGACGGUGAUGGAGCUGCGCAAGACGAAGCCCACGCUGUUCCUGGCCAUCAUGGCCGCCGCCACGGGCGAGAACCACUCCCUCCAACGAGUCCUACAAAAGGAGCUGAUGCAGCUCUUUGCCGAGAAGGUCAUUGUCACGGGAGAGAAGAAUCUGGAGCUGGUGCAGGCGAUCCACGUGGCCGUCAUCUGGUAUUGGCCGCCGGAGCAUUUCGAGGAGCUCAAGUUCUAUCAGCUCAUCCACAUUGCCGCCGUCAUGGCCAUUGACAUUGGUCUUGGCAGGAAAAACACUUCAAAACGCGGACCGCCACCUUUCCGCCGCAAUCCACCCCCUGAUUCUUCCAGCAUCGAGUGCCGCCGAACGUGGCUGACAUGCUUCUUCCUCGCCCUUAACACGUCCAUGUCGCUGCACCGGCCGAAUUUGAUUCGAUGGACGCCCUUUAUGACUGAGAGCUUGGAGAUACUCGAGUCGUCACCCGAUGCCGCGCCGACGGACAAGUAUUUCUCUCACUUGGUGUGGACUCAUCGUCUAGCUGAGGAGGUUGGCGAGCAGUUUUCCCUGGAUGAUCCUUCGACGUUGGUCAAUAUUACGGAUGCAAGGACGCAGUACGCGCUGAGAGCCCUGGAGCGGGAUCUCGACAAGUACAUUGCGUCGGUUGCCAAAAACAUGAUGCAGCCCACCCUUCGUCUUAAUUUCAACGUGGUCAAUCUUUACAUGCACGAAAUGGCUCUUCAUUCAGAGACCAUGUCUGACCAGUGGCGGCCGCCUUUUAACACAGAAGCCCUUAAGGAUGGCAUUGUCAACUCUGAGCCCCUUUCCGCCGCACAUAUCAAUGCGCUUUCAGCGUGCCUGACAGCUAUUGACGGCAUUCUCAACACAUUUUUAUCCAUGGACGUUCUCAGCAUUCGCUGCUUGCCUGUCUUUAAUUUCAUGCGAGUGGCUUAUGCUGUCGUCAUUUUGAUCAAGAUGUACUUUUCAGCUUCGAGCCCUAGCUCAGAAAUGGGCAAGGUCAUCCACAAAGACAACAUGCGUGUUGAAUACUAUCUCGAGGCUUUGCUUAACAAGUUUCGAGCUACGGCGGCGGAUAACAAAUGUCGCCCUGCAGCCAAGUUCCUCGUUGUGCUUGCGAUGCUUCGCAGCUGGUUCUUCAAACAGGGCAAGGGAGAGGGCACAACAACGUCUUCUGACGACGGCAAUUGCGCUGCUGCUGCUGCUGCUGCCAAUACUAGUACUACUCCUCCUAAUGCCGCUGCUAUUUCUUCUGCUUCACCACAGCAGAGGCAGUAUGCGGCUCAGGGGACUCAACAGCAACAACAGCUGCAACAACAGCUACAGCAGCAGCAAUUACAGCAGCAGCCACACCAACAGUCAGCCGCCAACACUCCUCUCCAGCUCCUCUCCGAAGUUGCAACUACAGGAAGAGACGCUAGCAGCGCCCCUCACAUCUUUGCCAACCUCGGCGGCACUGGCCGGUCGAUCCCUCAACCAUUCUUCCAUGAUUCUGUCUCCUCGACCGGCACUCCCCCCACAUCAUCGACCGCGAACUCCUCCUCCAUGCCUCAAAUUCCGGGCCCUUCUCCCGCAUCCACAGACCUCGAAUCCGCUAUGGCGCCUGCUUUCCCACCUUGGAUGUCCGUCACGCAACCCAUGGUGCCCAACGAGCUAGAAAUGGGAUCCAUGCCUGCAAAUUUCGACAUUGAGGGUCUGAAUCUUGCUGCGGCUGACCUCCAAGACGUAUAUGAGAGCGGCGCUAAGAUUGUCAUGAACGAGCCCUGGUUCAUGGAUGCAUUCCAGGGGCUCCCUGAUCCCAAUCUUUUUCCCUUUUAA